AUGACACGAACCAAAAGUGCUGCGAGGCGACAAGCCAAACCGCAAAAAGAGGCGAAGCCCACCGGGGCUCAAGCAAACGGUACGGCUGGACCUAUCGAUGCGGCAAGUUUGAUAGAUAAAGCACAUACGUUACUUGCUCAAUCAAAUUUCGAGCUGGCAAUCAAGUUCCUUGAUAGAGCUUUAGAACUCGAACCAGCAAAUCUCGAAGCUAGGGAAUUAGUCGGAAUAGCUGAACUCGAAGCUGGAGAUGAAGAAAGAGGUAGAGAACACCUUCUACAUCUUCUUCCACCACACGUGACUGAACCUCCUUCUCAUCCAUCACCAUACCUCUACCUCGCCCAAUCAGCUUCAGAACCUCAAGAAGCACUGGGGUAUUAUUCCACAGCCACUGCCAUGCUUGAGCAACGUAUUGCAGAAAAAGACAGAAAGGGAAAAGGGAGACAAAUAGCUCCUCAAGCUGAGGAGGAUGAGGAGGAAGUGGACGAAGAAAGACAAAUGGCGGUUACUGCCCUAGUAGCUAUGAUCGAAAUUUGGAUGUCUGAUUUAUGUUUCGAAGAAGCCGCUGAGAAGAAUUGCGAUGCUCUCAUACAGAGGGCUUUGACAAUCUCACCAAAGGAUCCAGAAGUCAAAUUAUCUCUUGCCAGUAUAAGAAUGUCGCAAUCUCGUAUCGAAGAUGCAAAGGAGGUCGUAAUGAGUCUAUAUAACGAUUUGGAAGGAAGGGAACCUUUCGACCCAACUUUACCCGCUCUUCCUGCUAGACUUGCACUUUCUAGAUUAUUACUUGAACAUUCAGCUCAUCUCGAAGCAUUGGAUAUCAUAUCUACAAUCAGGGAAGAAGACUCAUUGAAUGUGGAAGGAGCAUAUUUGGAAGGAUGGGCAUUAUACCUUCGAGCAGAAGCAAUAAAAGAAAAUCCAUCUAUAAUCACUUCACUCACCGUCCCAACGCCUGUUGCAGGUGAAGAAGAACCCGACGAACCAAUGAGCCCGGAAGAAUGUCUGAGUGAAAGUAUGAAAUCUCUUAUUGAGUGUGCAAAAUUAUAUGCGGAUCAAGAAUACGAAGAUGAAGGAAUAGGUGCACACGUAGCUGAAUUACUAGAAGAACUGGAGAAGAACGGUGUGGUCCCUGCUAUACACGAAGAAGAAGAUGAAGAUGGUGAUGUUGAAAUGGCCUAA